UGUUUAGCACUCAAACACGAAUCAGAUUCCGACCGCCUAACCCAGCUUGGUAUUUCUCUUACUACGUAGAAUAUCACGAGAUUUUGGCCAUGCUGGAGAAAGACUCCCGACGUGCAUCCCGAUUCGCCAGGUAGUGCUUCCCCGACGUCGGCCGUCCCCGGAAAGAAGUCGCAACAUUGACGUAACUCGGGUGUUUCGCUGUACACUCGCCCGAAACCCCGACCAUCGCCCUCACCACAUCGUGUCCUGUGCCGUCUCGAGGCUUCGAGCCCCGCGUCACUAUAUUGGAGUCGUGGCAGUGAAACGAGGUACGGAGUCCCUAUUAUCGGACACGCCUCUCUCGGUUCGGCUCUACCCCUCUAGAAGACAAAAGCGACAUUCACCUUACGAUAAACUGUACUACGUCCGCAUAGAUCUAGAUUCCAUCUACAGCAUCACAUACAGAAAGAAUCAUUCAGGAAAUCAUCAUGGCAGCCGUACCUCCCCCAGGGAUCUACGUUCCCGUACCAACAUUCUUCGCCAGCAAGCAAGCGUCGAACUACAACGCCGUAGCAGCGCCCCUAGACAUCGAAACACAGAUCGCACACUCGCUAUAUCUCGCGCGCGCAGGCAUCAAGGGGCUGGUCAUACUCGGCAGCACAGGCGAAGCAGUGCACUUGACGAACAAAGAGCGCUUCGAGGUCCUCUCGGGCGUACGCACGGCGCUCGAGAAAGAAGGGUUCAAGGAUUAUCCGAUCCUCGCCGGCACGGCGACGCAGAACAUCGAGGAGACGGUUGACCAGCUCACGGGCGCGAGGGAUGCCGGCUCGCAGUGGGGCAUGUGUUUGGCGCCGGGAUACUUCGCGGGCGCGAGCACGCAGGAGGGGAUAAUACGGUGGUUUACGGCCGUGGCGGAUCAGAGCCCUAUUCCCAUAUUGAUAUAUCACUACCCGGGGGUAUCCAACAACGUGAAGAUCACACCCUCGACCUUCGUAACCCUAGCGAAACACUCGAACAUCGUAGGCUGCAAGCUGUCGCACGGGGACAUAUCCGCGUUCGCGCAGAUCGCGCUGAGCCCAGAGAUCGACCACGACAAAUUCCGGACUUUCACCGGUCUCGGGCAGCAAUUGCUUCCUGUGAUCUCGGUGGGCGGAGCAGGUGCCAUCGAUGGGUGCGCGGGCUUCUUCCCGAAGACGGUGGUGCGGCUUUACGAGCUAUCUGUUAAACACCAACUCACAGAAGACGAGGUACGCGAGCGGAAACGAUUGCAGUUCAAGGUUAGCUGUAUCGAGGAGCUUGUGGCUAAGUUCGGCACGGUCGGUAUCAAGGAGGCCGUUAGUCGGUUGAGGGGGUUCGGGGAUAGAGACGGCACGAGAUUACCGCUUCAUGGAGGUAUACCUGGCGGCGAUGCCGAGUGGGCGAAUUGGAAGGGCCUUGCGGAUAGUGUACAGGAGGAAGAGGAUAGAUUGUAGUCUUUUACCUUUGAUAUUAGAAUAUGUACCACCUGUUUUAACGGCCGAUCUUCUAUGCGAUGUGUUUCCCA